UGGACUUGUGGGGCGCUUCCAGGGCUCCGCGGCGCUGCCGGUUUUAUUCGCUGGAUACCAGAGGGCGGAAGUGCAGCAGGGUUUGGCUCCGACCUCCGCGCCGGUGCUUUUUGCGGCUGCGCGGGCUUCCUGGAGUCCUGCUGCCGCGUCCCCGCAGGAUAGUGUGUUAGGUGGGCAGCCUGCCCCGCCGCCCCGCCAGAGCCCGGAAUCCAGGCGUCACCACCAGUGCGGGGAGCCGGAAGGAGGAGCCGUCGUUUCGGUUUGGCUUUGGUUGAAAAAAGAAUUUAGCCUGUAUGUACUGCUUUAACUACUGGAAGAAUGACAGAUGACAAAGAUGUGCUUCGAGAUGUGUGGUUUGGACGAAUUCCAACUUGCUUCACGCUAUAUCAGGAUGAGAUAACUGAAAGGGAAGCAGAACCAUACUAUUUGCUUUUGCCAAGAGUAAGUUAUUUGACGUUGGUAACUGACAAAGUGAAAAAGCACUUUCAGAAGGUUAUGAGACAAGAAGACAUUAGUGAGAUAUGGUUUGAAUAUGAAGGCACACCACUGAAAUGGCAUUAUCCAAUUGGUUUACUAUUUGAUCUUCUUGCAUCAAGUUCAGCUCUUCCUUGGAACAUCACAGUACAUUUUAAGAGUUUUCCAGAAAAAGACCUUCUGCACUGUCCAUCUAAGGAUGCGAUUGAAGCUCAUUUUAUGUCAUGUAUGAAAGAAGCUGAUGCUUUAAAACAUAAAAGUCAAGUAAUCAAUGAAAUGCAGAAAAAAGAUCACAAACAACUCUGGAUGGGAUUACAAAAUGACAGAUUUGACCAGUUUUGGGCCAUCAAUCGGAAACUCAUGGAAUAUCCUGCAGAAGAAAAUGGAUUUCGUUAUAUCCCCUUUAGAAUAUAUCAGGUAGGAAAUAACAUUUUAAAAAACAUCCAUUUAUGAAAGCCUCAGACAUCUUACUUGAAGCACUCUAGUCCGGAACUCUUUGUCUGCGUAGUAACUAAACAGUAUUUAUUAGGGGUUUUCCAAACUGUGUCUUUCAGUGGCAAUCAAGUCAGAUACUGCACUGAAAUAUUUGACUCAUAUGCAGUUGGUGCUCGUUAUUUGUAGAUUUCAUAUUGGCAGAUUCACAUACUUGCUAAAAUUUAUGUGUAACCCCAAAGUCAGUACUUGGAGCACUUUUAUGGUCAUUCAGAGUGGUGAACAAUUGAUUCACCUGAUGCUCAUUUCCCAGCUGAGGUUGAUCAAAGCGAGGUUCUACCUUAUUGUCUCAGCUGUCAUACUAUAAACAAGCCUUCUUUUCGCAGUGUAUGUAGUGCCAUGCUUUUACAUUUUUGUGCUUUUUGUUAGUGAUUUUGCUGUUUAAAACAGACUCCAAAUGUAGCACUGAAGUGCUCUUUUUAAACAGAAGCACACAUAGAACAAGGUUAUGUAUUGAUCAGUUGAUGAACAUCUUGUGACUAAGGGCUCACGGAAACGUAUUCCCCCAGGAGCGAUGAUUUCAAUGUUUGUGGUACCCUUAUAAAACAGAACUACUGCAAAUCACAAGAAUUUACUGUCUGUCUGUUUUGGAUGAUUAAUCUUCAGUGUUGUACCACAAAGUAGGCAAUAGGCUCUGAAGUCUUUCUCACAGCAUAUUUGCAUGAGGUAAAGAAACUCCAUGUUUCUGUACUUUAAAAGUGCUGGCAUAAAUAUUGGCAUUUAGUAAAUAUUAAAUUUUUUAAUCAAUGGCAUUCCAGGAAGUAAGUUUCAUACUAUCAUGAGAAAAGCAUUUAAGAACAAGAAUUAGAAGCAUAAUGUCACAGACAUAGACUCUAAUCUAGUAGGACUUCCAUUCAAAUUCAGAGGUUUUUCAUAACUUUCUUUGUAGCCGUUUUCAGUAUCCCACAAUCUUUACUAAUAGUUACUUCUAUAGUUAUUUUAAAAUCUUUUAUAGAGCCAUCACAUAACUAUGGGUUCAAAGAGGAAAACAGAUUGUCUAAUUGAAAAUAAACAUCUCAAAAUACUGGAAGAAUGAAGAAUAUUUAUUUAGUGUUGCAGGUAUAAUUUUCAAGUAGUCCAUAUUUUUCACGAAGGCAGGGUUAUUGUUAGGUUCAUGCUUUGUGUCCAGGGUCUAGAAGAGUGCUCGGCAUUUGAAUUUCUAAUUUAUUAAAUCAUUUAUCAUUUGUCAAUUUUAUUUUAAUUAUUUAUAUUCUUUGUAUUUUACCACGAGCUCCACAGUAACAUGCCAUAAGGCAUUCCCACAGCCUAGCAAAAUAUCUUACUUGUACAAUUUAGUUGAAUAAAAUAUAUCACAGACUCUGAAGACAUUUCUCAAAGAGUCUCGAAACUUGAGAUUUAUACCUCUCAGCACUUAUUUGAGUCAAGUUCUGGCACAUAUAUUUAUACAAGAGAUUCUUUACUGUAACCUCUUUAAACUCCUAUAGGGAAAGUGUAUUAUACUUAAUUUAGGAAUUAUUAUUGUCAGAAUAUAGUGCAGGUGUACAGAGGAAAGUUUUUCCAUUUUGAAUUUAUUCUGUUUUAGGGGAAAAUUGUCAGAUAAAUCCAUACCUAGUGUUGUGUUAUUAUAAUACAGAUAAGUUUGAGAGAGAGAGGGAGAGAGAAGGAGUGUGUGUGUGUGUGAGAGAGAGAGACAGAGAAAGAGAGAAUGGUUUUUAUAAAGUGCCAUAAUUAGAUAGAAAGUAGGAAGGUAGAGAAUUCUCAAAAUUUGCUUGACAAAACCUGGCUGCCAGAUGGGGACUGUCUUAGGGCAGAACCUCCUGCUUGAUCUUUAAUGUGUCAAGGCACUUGGGCAGUUUUUCCUUAAAUAGAAAGUGACAAAGAGCCUAAGGACAAUAUAGGUUCUCAUUUGACCUAUAUAACUUUCCUUUUGGCUUUAUCCCAGUUCCAUUUUGGUUUUUAUUUGAAUUUAAUUAAAGUUUUAGAAAUGAAAUAUGAAAUGAAUACAAAAAUUAAGGAGUCCUAGUUUUUGCUAAUUUGCCAUUUCCUGGCUUUUCCUAUUUCCCUAUUUGGUAUUCAGUCUUCAACCAUGGCCUUGACCAAAGGAGGAUGGAACUGUACUUUUUGUUUGCCUAAUUGUGUCAUCUAAAGGCAACAUCAGAUUUCUGUUGCUGACUUCUUUAUGUCUAAUUAGUUUGUAUGGUUGUGAUACUCUGUAUGUUAAAUGUAGCUUUUAUUUGUGCAGCAUUUUGAUCAAUUUACACCUUUCAUUUCUUUAACAGACUAGAUACAAAUCUCUAUAAUAUUUGAGCCCUUAAGUUACUAAGUAAAUUUAAGGAAAAUCUGAAAAUCCAGAUUUAUUAAUAAAGGGCUAAUUUUUACUGAAAUAUUUGUUUUACUUUGCAGAAUCCUAAUAGAAUUUCUGUAUAACCAGAGAAGAGAGAGACAGAGUACUGAGCAUGCUUGAGUGAGGCCCAUUUUAUCUUGUUGAAGCCUCAAAACCAUCUUAGGAUAUAGGAAUCAUUAUCUGAUUUUACAUGUGAGAAAACUGAGGCUCAGGAAUUUUAAGUCGCUUGUCUCAGUGAAUAAAUGAAAAAUGGAAGAACUAGAAUCCAGACCCAGGCCUGAUUUAUGUGCAAAGUAUGACUUGUUUAUAAUAAUUAAGUUUAUAGAAUUUUCAGAACAUAAUUAUCACAAAAAGUGAAGUCUGCUCAGACCAAAUAAGUUGAUAGGAGCAUAGAAUACCUGUGACUGGUGGUAUUCUUUGAAGAUUGACUUUUGUAAAGAUUGUCAUCAAACUGUAUGUUUUUCAUCUGUAAUUCAUUUAUCAUGAGCUCAAAAUGUCUAUAGUCAGGUGACAGAAUUUUAGUGGUAAAAGUUAAAUUGGUCCAAAAGCCAUCUAGAGAUGUUGCAGACCGAAAUGUGUCAUUUCUGUCAUUUACAUAACAGUUUAGUUUGGUGUGUGAGUUUCAGGUUUGUGUUCCUGAAGUCCAGGUGCUUCAUAUUAGCCAGUAUUCUAGAGAUGACAUUAACGGCAGAAAAUGUUACCGAAUGUAACCAAAAUGUUAGUUAGCACUAGUAAACAGGUGGUGAUUAAUGAAGGCAUUUGUCAAAAAUAUUUGUUAAAUGACUGUGAGGUCCUUAGGCAUUGGUAUUUGAGAUGUAAAAUGAAAAUUGGGCACAUCAUAUCUGUUUUUCAAGAAGCAAUAGAUUGAUAAAUGUUAUCCUGCCAUUGUACUUUGGGUACGAAAAAUGUGUCUCAUUGAUUCAUUCAGCAAGUUUAUUUACACACAUAUUUGCCUGCCAUGCCCUAUGCUAUGCACAAGGGAUACAACUGAUGAUCGAUAUUAUGUAUCACCCCUUAGAAAGGUUAUAGUCUAAAGGUAGAAAGAAACAAAUCAACUAAGAAUACAAAUAUAACAUUGGAACUGUGAUUGCUGUGAAGAGGAGAUACACAGUGCAAUAAAAGCCUAAUGCCCCAGGAAGAAUUUGUUCUAGUUUGGGAGGAGAGAAGGCUGCCUUGAGGAUAUGUUGCAUCCCCAGAGAUUUGACAGAUAGGAAAGGUGAACUUAAGAUAGGCAAAGAGUCAUGAGAAGACCUUUGUAGGCACAGGGGACGUUGUAAGUAUGAGGACAACCUGUUUGUCUUGAGCACAGAGUUGGGAUAAGGCUGCAAAGGUGAAAGACCAUAUUAACGAGUUUUCUCUGUAUCCUAUAAAGAAUGGGAGAUCCUAAGAGAUUUUUAAUUAUCUGAAUAUCCAUUCAUAUUUAUUCAACAGAGAUCAUUCAGUCUCCUACUUUGUUCUACAUGUUAUUCUUAAGGUUAUAAAUAAAUUUAGAGAAUCUUCGUAGAAACAACCUAGCAAUGUUAUUUUUAGUUUUAGAAAAACGAGAAGCUGAUAAACAAUCUUGUUUUCCUGUAAAGUUAAAAUGAGACCAGCCUGGAUACAACACAGUGAGACCCCAAUUCUAGAAAAAAAAAUUUUUUAAUGAGCCGGAUGG